AGAAUGACAGGUACGCGGAUCAGUCGCGAGCGAAGGGUUUGUUGUAUCGACUGCUCGCUCGCGUCGUCCACCCAUCCGUCUGUCCGGCGCCGAGCCGCAGUGGUGCACUGGGUGCACCGGCCACCUGCCACUUCAACCAGGACGAGCCGGCAGUUCCAUUUGGAGUGACGCCGAAAGGACUUGCGGGGCUUGCAGGGCUUGCGGGGCCGCGGUAGCCGCGGUUCAGCAUAGCGGGCUGCCAAUGCCAUCCGGUGGAUGACGCCCCUGGCACACCCCUUGGCGCGGCGAAUCACCACUGCUACGCCUCGCGGCGGAAUGGCGCCUCGGCGGCGGGGCCCCUGCCGGCCCCUCCUGGUGGUCCAGGCCGUCGUCCUCGUGGUCCACCUCGGAGCCGCAGCGAACCUGACGACGCUUGCGGCGACGCCCGUCCCAACGAAGCCUGCUGCGACGUCCGCGCCGUCCGCGGCGGGUGAGGCGCCGGCCAAGCUGCAGGUGCUGCCCUCGGCGGCGACGUCGCCGACGCCACCCCUCGGGCGGGCAGGGCCGGCCGACCUGCAGCAGCGCCUGCAGCGCCUGCAGGAGCAGAACAGACUGUGCGCGCGGUGCGACUGCUUCGCGCUGCGCAGGGACGGGCGCAACAGCAGUGCCGCGGCGGUGCGGGUGCAGCUCGACGAGAACCUGGACGACGUGGUGGUGACCACCAGCCACCCGCGCGACGCGACGCCGGCGACGCCCCCGCGCCCCGCCGUGCGACCCACAGUGCCGCCGACGAGCCAGGUCCUCGUCAUCAACUGCACGGAGCGCCUGCUGGCCGAGGACCUGCCGCGGUGGUCGUGGCCGGCGCGCCUGUCCGCCGGGGAGGUGGUGGCCGCCGAGACGUGGACCGAGUUCCGCGGCGGCGACCUGAGCGGCGUCAGCCGCCUGCCGCACCUGCCGUUCCGCCUGACGCGCCUGUCCCUGGCCGACAACCGGCUGCGCAGCGUCGCCUCGCGCGCCUUCGCCAAGCUGGAGGCGCUCCGGGACCUGGACCUCAGCCACAACGUCAUCACGGACGUCCCCUUCGACGCUUUCCUGGGCCUCACCGCACUGGAGCGGCUCAACCUGUCCAGGAACAGCCUCACCAGCAGGCCCCUGUCCGCAGACCUCUUCAAGCAGAUGCCCAAGCUGGCCGUGGUCUCUCUCGCCCACAACAGGAUAGCUGGCGAGCUCAACAGCGACACCUUGCCUUGGUCUGGAAGCAUUCGGCAGCUGGACUUGUCCUACAACGAGAUCACCAGCGUGAGCGCGGGCGCCUGGAGAUGGCUGCAGAACGUUAAGGAGCUGGAUUUGUCCCACAACAAGCUGAGCUCGCUGACGCCCGACGCGUUCGCGGGGCUCAGGUCGCUGGAGCGGCUGGACUUGUCCUGGAACGCGCUCUCGUCGCUGCCGCCCGGCGCGCUGUCGGGGCUGGCCGCGCUGCGCACGCUCAGCAUGGCGCACAACGCCCUGCAGGCGCCCCCCGCCGACACGUUCGGCCCAGUGCAGGCGCUCGCCGCGCUCGACCUGUCGCACAACGCCCUCAAUCCGGGGGCGUUCGCCGUGCUGGCCAAGCUGCCCGCCUCGCUGCGGUCGCUGGACCUGUCCCACAACCCGCUGGGCCUCGGCGACGGCGGCCUGGAGGGCCGUGCCGACGGCGGCGCCGCGCUGCCCUCGGCGCUGGAGGACCUGUCCCUGGCCGAGUGCGGCCUGCAGAGCCUCGAGGUGCGCGCCUGGGGCGGCCUGCACCAGCUGCGGCACCUGCAGCUGUCCGGGAACGACAUCUCCGUGCUGAGCGACAUGGCGCACAUGUACGCGCUGGAGCGCCUCAACGUGUCGCGCAACUCGCUCACGUACUUCCCGACCGUGCGGCUGGCGGCGCUGCGCGUGCUCGACGUGUCCCACAACCAGCUGGAGCACGCGCCCGCGCCCGAGGCCCCCGCGCUGUCCGAGCUGCUGCUGGACGACAACCCCAUCGAGCAGCUCCGCCUCGCGGCCGCGCCCUCGCUGGCCGUGCUGUCCGCCAGCCACAUGCCCGUCCUGCGGGCCGUGCCGGCCGGCGCCGUCGUGCGCCUGUCCUCCGCGGACAGGGCCGCCAACGUCACCGCCAACGUCACCGCCACGCCGCCGCCGUGCCUGUCCGUGACCCUGCGCCACAACCCCGCCCUGGUGGACAUCGGCGAGGGCGCCUUCCCCGCCAGCCUCUGCCAGCUGGACUUGAGCCACAACGCGCUGCGCUGGCUGCCGCCCAGGCUGGCCAACUGGACGGCGCUGCGCGUCCUCGACCUGCAGGCCAACCCCUGGGACUGCACCUGCCGCCUGCAGUGGAUGCUGGACGACGUGGUGCGCCAGCUGUACCGCUCCAGCCCCGCGCUGCUCGAGGACUUGAGGUGCGCCAGCCCGAUGCCGGUCAUGGGCAGGCGCCUGGUGCACUGGUUCAACCACACGGGGCGCGCGCUGUGCGACGGCGGCAUCGCGGACAUCCAGUCCGCCGGCGCCGUCACCCUCAAGCUGUCUCCCGCCACCCUCAUCGUCAUCAGCGCGCUCGGCGCGGUGCUGGUCAUGCUCGUCGUCCUGGGGGUCGUCGCCCACCGCAGGGACGCGGCCAAGCGGCGCGCCAGGAACCGGCGCCUCUGAGGCUUCGGAUUUGUUGCUGCCCGAAACAAGAAGGCGUUCUGUCGGCGUUCCGUCUAUGCGCAGCGCCGUGGCCCGGAGCAGCAUUCGCUUGGCGCACAGUGGGCCAGAACACCGGUGGAGGCGGCCAAA